CCGAGGUGGAUGGCCCUCUGCCGGGACGGCUUCCGACACCAGCCGGAGCACGGGACGUGCAAGGAAGGGCCCGACGCCGUGGUGGAAAAGGACUCUUAUUUUUAAAGGCCAGCCGAUCGGUUUCUCACCGCGAAGAACUGUUGCUGGGCUCAGACCUUCGUGCAUUCAUUUAUUCAACGUGGUUCUUCUUUGGCCAACAAAUGUGUUCUUCGUGUGUGCCACUCUUCAGACAUUGACAUGUGGCAGAGAGGCGUUUUAUUUAUUAUUUGAGAGGCGUUUUAUAUCCUUUUAAAACAAUAUGUGCUAUACCCUCCCCCCCCCAUUACCAUUCAUUCUGCCUACCUGUACCCAAUGUGAAAUUUGGCUCUCUGUAAAUGUCAGGAGCAGUCUGCGGCUCAGGAGGUCACUGGAGGACUCAUAUGCUUGUACUAGAGGCAGUAGUUUCAGAGGGGCUCCGAACCGAAACCAAGGCAGAAGAAAAAAUGUCUCAGAAGCAGAUGAAGGAAGCUUUUGUCAGUAACCACAAUGGAACCAGCGUGCUGGAAAUUACCCAGGGCUUGUGCUUGCCUGGACUGUGUAUCCUGUGCAGAGGGCUCCUGCUCGUUCUCUCGCAGCGCUUGUGUUCUUUUUCACAUACCCCGAGAACGCGAUUCUUCAUUGACUUUGUUUUCCUAAUAGUUCCCCAGGUGACCACUUUGACCAUUUUGUCUUCAUUUGUCUACCUUGAGUACCUCACUGUAAUUGUCUUUGGAGCAGGGCUGUUCUAUCAAAUAUACUGCCGGAGAACUUGCUAUGCCAGAAUGCCUGUCCAGAAAAUCCUUGAAAAAUUCUUAAAAAUUAGUGUAGAAUCAGAAUACAUUCCAGCCAUUUCCUGUUUCCGUGUAAUUAACAGUGCAUUUACUGCUGUUGCCAUUUUGGCUGUGGACUUCCCACUUUUUCCCAGAAGAUUUGCCAAAACUGAGCUCUAUGGGACAGGAGCAAUGGAUUUUGGAGUAGGAGGCUUUGUUUUUGGGACUGCAAUGGUUUGUCCAGAGAUUAGGAGAAAAUGUAUGGAAGGGUCCAGGUUUGAUUAUUUCCUAAAGUCAUUGUACUCUGUUCGGCCAUUAGUCUUCCUAGGAAUGGGACGAUUAAUCAUUAUAAAAUCCAUAGGCUAUCAGGAACAUUUAACUGAGUAUGGAGUUCACUGGAACUUUUUCUUUACCUUAAUAGUUGUGAAAUUGAUAACAUCACUGAUUUUGAUGUUUUUCCCCCCAAAUAAAUCUUGGAUUGUGGCCAUCAGCAUUACCGUAUUAUACCAGCUAGCCCUGGACUUUACCCCAUUGAAAAGGUUAAUUUUGUAUGGCACUGAUGGCAGUGGCACAAGGGUUGGUUUAUUAAAUGCCAACCGAGAAGGAAUAAUAUCUACCUUGGGGUAUGUGGCAAUACACAUGGCUGGUGUGCAGACAGGGUCAUAUGUGCUUAAAAAAAGAUCACAUAUCAAAGACUGGAUAAAAGUAGCAUACUGUAUUCUACUGACAGCUAUUAGCCUCUUUGUAUCUCUUUACAUAGUUCAGGUAAAUGUAGAAGUAGCAUCUCGAAGAAUGGCCAAUUUAGCCUUUUGUAUUUGGAUAGUUGCUUCUAGCCUGAUUCUUCUGAGUAGUUUAUUACUGGGCGAUAUAAUUUUGAGUUUUGCCAAAUUUCUAAUUCAAGGGGCUCUAGUACCAUGUUCUUGGAAACUUAUCCAGUCUCCUGCUACAAAUAAAAAGCAUGCAGAAUCUCUAGUCUCUGAAGCUAAAAGAAAGAAAUCCAGUCUUUGUUUAAUCACAGCUUUAAACAGAAACCAGUUGAUAUUUUUCUUGCUGUCAAAUAUAACAACUGGCCUAAUCAACCUGUUGGUAGAUACAUUGCACAGCAGUACCUUGUGGGCCUUAUCGGUGCUCAAUCUCUAUAUGUUUACCAAUUGUUUAAUUAUAUAUAUGCUACACUUACAAGAUAAGACUAUAAAAUUUUGAUGAUCAGUAGGGUUUGGAUGUGUGUAUAUGAGCUAUUAAUGAGGAAGAAUAAAUAUUAAAUGUAAAGAAAACAGGCUGUGGCAAUCCAGUGUUAAUGAUAUUUUAUUAUAAAAUUAACUGUUUCAAUCCUCUAUAACAGUAGGAAGGCUUAAUAUUUUAAUGCUAUCUCUGCAUUAUGUAAAACAAACCAAUAGAGAAGAAACAAGGCCUUGUGACUUGUUAGAAUAUUAAAUUUCAGUAUUUUAAAGAAACUUGUAUUUAUAGUUGUGACACUGGAAGGUUGGAGAGUGGGGAGAAGGGUUUUUACUUAUAUCACCUUAUACCAUUAUGUAUUUUUUAUUAUAUGUCUUUUUAAUAUAUACAGUAAAGCAUAGUGUGAAUUGUGAAAUUGUCAAUACUUUUUUUACAAAUUUUAUUUAACUUUAAAAUUU